CUGAUGGAGAAUCGCUCUCCGUGGUCCUGAAUUUAUGGCUAGAUAUCUGAUACCAGGCGAUCGGAGACUAAGCUGGCGACUGAGGUGGGGGCAACGCCAAGGCAUUGAACAGGGAACACUGGACAGGCCACGGACAAAACUAAUAGCAGCGACUCCUCGUUAAUGAUAAAUGAAAAUGUGAAGUGUGGAGCAGGACUUAACCACGUCUCUAAGUAAACAUACAGAAGACACAACUGUAAGUACAAGAGCUAUGAAUGGGGUUAUAUACAUAGCCUAACACAGGUGGAAUCGAGCAUCUAACAUUACUCUGAGGUGCAAUAUCUGCUAACAGUGUGGGAUCGGUGAGCUUCAGGUGGUGUGGAGCUCCUCACUCCGUGAUCCCGGCAUUACACUGGGACUAGGACUGUGUGGCAUCUCGCUGUUGGUAUAGUGCGAUCUCUCCUCAAGAUGGGGGAAAUGCUACCAGCCCAAGAGGCGGCCAAAAUAUACCACACCAAUUACGUGAGGAACGCCAGAGCCAUUGGUGUGCUGUGGGCGAUCUUCACCAUCUGCUUCGCCAUCAUAACGGUGGUAGUGUUCAUUCAGCCGUACUGGAUCGGGGACAGCGUGAAUACCCCCCAGGCUGGAUACUUCGGCCUCUUCCACUAUUGCAUCGGCAACGCGCUGACCUCCGAGCUGACUUGCAAGGGCAGCGCCCUGGACUUCGGCUCCAUCCCCUCGGGGGCCUUCAAGACCGCCAUGUUCUUCGUGGGCAUCUCCGUGCUGCUAGUGGUGGGCAGCAUGGUGUGCUUCAGCCUCUUCUUCUUCUGCAACGCCGGUAGCGUCUACAAGAUCUGCGCUUGGAUGCAGCUCGCCUCAUCUGUCUGUAUGGUCCUGGGCUGCAUGAUUUACCCCGACGGCUGGGACUCCUCGGAGGUGAAACGCAUGUGUGGAAAUCGGACAGACAAGUACACGAUAGGGAACUGCACGGUGCGCUGGGCCUACAUCCUGGCCAUCAUCAGCAUCCUGGAUUCCCUCACCCUCUCCUUCCUGGCCUUCGUGCUGGGAAACCGGCAGGACAAGCUGUUGCCUGAAGACUUCCAAGUGGAGGACAAAGGUGAGGCCUGAGAGAUCAUCUCAGGAGCCAUUUGCAGCGCUGGGGAUGUCCAACCUACCACUGCAUGACUUCUACAUGCUACAGAGAUCCUUCUGCACUUCACAAGGAUGUGGGAUAUCAGUGGACGAACGUGCACAGCCUUCACCGCACUGGUGACGGAGGGCUCAGCGGGGACUUUUAUACCCAUUACCCCUGGCCAUCUUGAUUUCCCAAUCAGCCAGCCCUAAUUCUUCUGCCUUUCAGGAUAAGCUUCUUAUGUGCAGGGACUUGCGGCUCGACAUACAUUCACUUACCAACCCUUGUAAAAAUUACUUGCGUUAUCAGACCAGGUAAAUCGCUUAGAUGGAUAGUCAUGACCUUUGCGGCUGAAGGAAGACGCCUCAGCGGAAGGAAAACACACUUCAGAUAUGGAUUCCACAAAAGAUGCACAUACAGACUUGUUUUGCCAUUUCUGCAGAAACCUGUAAUGACAAAUGGUCUUUCUUCUGGAAAUAUGGCACAUGGCCACAUCAGUGAUGACACUGAUCUUGCCAUCAGAUGCCAAUAUGGAGUAGACUGACAUGAGAUGGGACACACACAUCGAUGAUGGACUGCAACAGUAGUCUGAAGUUGAAACGUGAAAUACUAACAGCAAAGGAAGGCACAACACAAAUAUAAAUUAAGCUAAAUAUGUGCAUUUGGAUUGUUGUGUGGGUUAGUACAGAAUUCAUAGCAUAGCUGGCAAUUUAAAUAUAGAGAAUAAGCCCAUUGAGUGACUCCUACACUGUAAGAAUUAACAUGUGUUCUCUUCCCACAAAGACUAAUGUGCUGCAUGUAACAGGCAGUGUCAUUUCUCCCUGCAGCCAGCAAAAGAAACUCUUAGACUAACAACUCUCCCUAACAACACUAAGAAUACCCCAGGGAAGCUGUGGGUAAAUUUUAGUUUCCAGAGACACCUGUACUACAAUAGCACCAAUAAAAUGCCUGUUUUCACUGGUAGAAUACUUGAUUGGAGAUAAAAAAAAUCCUGUUUUGA